GCGCGUGAAUGAGAAGUGAGACGGUGAAGUUGACGCGACUUUAAUCCGUGAGGUGCAACGUAAAACAAAGGCGAAGGGUUUUAAUCAAACGAAUCAACCAUAGUCCAUUACCUUCUUCCCGCGCUGAAAAACCAGUGACAGUGAGUGAGGAUCUAAGCUCCAAUGGAAGACGAAAUGGCGAUGGGCACUUCUCCCAGUUACUUCGACCCUCACAACCUCUCCUCCAGACAGCAGUUCCGCAGAUACGGGAAGAGACACUCAAGUUCAGGUGCUUCAAUCCAAUACGACAACUCGGCUUCUAAGUUAAGUGAAACUGGGUUGUUAUAUGAUGGCCAAAGCAUCCAUAGUCCAACUAAUGCAGCACUUGUUCUUGAAAAUAUUAAACAAGAGGUUGAGAGUCUUGAUGCUGAUUACCUGGAAGAGAAGACACCAUAUUCCACUAGAAGGAAAUUGUCUGCCGUUAUUGAUGGAGUCCCUGGGGUGGAUGCUGGUUUUGACUCUGGACGCUACUCAUUAAAGGCUUGUAAGACAGAGGGUGACUCAUUGGGAGAUGGUGCAGAAACAAUCUUCACUUUAUUUGCAUCUCUGCUUGAUUCUUCUUUGCAAGGACUGAUGCCUAUUGCUGAUCUGAUACUAAGAGUUGAGAAUGCAUGCCGAAAUGUUUCAGAGUCUAUAAGGUAUGGUUUGAAUAUAAGGCAUCGAGUUGUUGAGGACAAAUUGAUGAGGCAGAAGGCUCAGCUCUUGCUUGAUGAGGCGGCAACAUGGUCUCUCUUGUGGUUCCUUUAUGGGAAAGUGACUGAAGAACUAUCUAAAGAUCAAAUACUGGUGUCAGGAACCUCACAUGUGGUGGCUUGUGAGUUUGUUGUGGAGGACCACACAGCUCAAUUAUGCCUUCGGAUAGUCCAGUGGUUAGAAGGUUUAGCUUCUAAAGCACUUGACUUGGAAGCAAAGGUGCGUGGAUCUCAUGUUGGUAGUUAUCUCCCCAGCUGUGGAGUUUGGCAUCAUACUCAGCGUUACCUGAAGAAAGGAAAUCUUGACAUGAAUGUUGUUCAUCACUUGGACUUUGAUGCUCCAACCCGUGAAAACGCUAAUCUUUUGCCUGAUGACAAGAAACAAGAUGAAUCUCUUCUAGAAGAUGUAUGGAUUCUUUUAAGGGCUGGAAGGCUAGAAGAGGCUUGUGGACUUUGCCGGUCCGCUGGACAGCCAUGGAGAGCUUCUUCUCUUUGCCCAUUUGGAGGCUUGAACACGUUUCCUUCUGUUGAAGCUCUGGUGAAGAAUGGUAAAAAUAGAACUUUGCAAGCUGUUGAAUUUGAAAGUGGCAUUGGUCAUCAGUGGCAUCUUUGGAAAUGGGCUUCAUUUUGUGCAUCAGAGAAAAUAGCAGACCAAGGUGGGAAAUGUGAAGCAGCUGUAUAUGCAGCCCAGUGUAGCAACCUAAAACGGAUGCUUCCACUCUGCAACGACUGGGAGUCAGCAUGCUGGGCAAUGGCAAAGUCUUGGCUAGAUGUGCAGGUGGACUUGGAAAUCACUCGUUCACUGCCAGGGGGAGUUGAUCAGCUUAGAACUUUUGGAGAUGUAAUUGAUGGAAGCCCUGGAAAUGCUGAUGGUUCCUUUGAGCCUUCUAAUGGACCUGAAAAUUGGCCAAUUCAAGUUUUGAAUCAGCAACCUCGACAACUCUCAUCUCUUCUUCAGAAACUUCAUUCAGGGGAAAUGAUUCAUGAAGCUGUUACCCGACAAUGCAAGGAGCAACAGCGACAAAUUCAGAUGACUUUAAUGCUAGGGGACAUACCGCGUGUACUAGAUCUUAUAUGGUCAUGGAUAGCACCUACUGAAGAUAAUCAGAAUGUAUUUAGGCCUAGUGGAGAUCCUCAAAUGAUACGAUUUGGUGCACACCUAGUGCUUGUGCUUAGAUAUUUACUUGCCGAGGAAAUGAAGGACACCUUCAAGGACAAGAUUCUGAGUGUUGGUGAUAAUAUUUUGCACUUGUAUGCCCUAUUUCUCUUUUCAAAGGAGCAUGAGGAGUUGGUGGGCAUAUAUGCUUCUCAGCUUGCACGCCACCGUUGCAUUGAUCUCUUUGUGCACAUGAUGGAACUUAGGCUGCACAACAGUGUACAUGUCAAAUACAAGAUAUUCCUUUCCGCUAUGGAAUAUUUGCCAUUUUCUUCUAUGGAUGAUUCCAAGGGAAAUUUUGAAGACAUUAUUCAGAGAAUUUUGUUGAGAUCCCGAGAGAUCAAGGUUGGCAAAUACGAUAACCUGUCAGAUGUUGCAGAACAACACAGACUGCAGAGUCUUCAAAAAGCUAAAGUCAUCCAGUGGCUUUGCUUUACACCACCAUCAACAAUUACUAAUGUCAAAGAUGUCAGUAAAAAGCUGCUUCUCCGAGCACUGAUUCAUAGCAACAUACUCUUCCGGGAGUUUUCUUUGAUUUCUAUGUGGAGAGUACCAGCAAUGCCUAUAGGUGCCCACACAGUACUUGGUUUUCUUGCUGAACCCUUAAAACAGCUUGCAGAAACUCUUGAGACCUCUGAGGAUUAUAAUGUUUUUGAGGAUCUGAGGGAGUUCCAAGACUGGCGUGAGUAUUACUCCUGUGAUGCAACCUACCGCAAUUGGCUAAAAACUGAAGUAGAGAAUGCAGAAGUUCCUAUCUCGGAACUGUCACUAGAGGAAAAGGAAAGGGCCAUUUCAGCUGCCAAGGAAACACUGAGUGCAUCCCUUUCACUACUAAAAAGAAAAGAAACACCUUGGUUGGCUUCGACUGAUUGUAUGUAUGAAUCAGCUGAACCUGUUUUCCUUGAACUUCAUGCAACAGCAAUGCUCUGCUUGCCAUCUGGAGAGUGUUUGUGUCCAGAUGCUACUGUUUGUACUACACUGACGAGUGCCCUCUACUCUUCGGCUGGUGAUGAGGUUGUCUUAAAUCGACAACUAAUGGUGAAUGUUUCCAUAUCUUCAAGGGACAGUUAUUGCAUUGAUGUUGUUCUUCGUUGCUUAGCAAUAGCUGGUGAUGGACUUGAACCACAUGAUCUCAAUGACGGUGGUAUUCUUGGCACCAUCAUGGCUGCUGGUUUUAAAGGUGAGCUUCCUCGGUUUCAAGCUGGAGUUACAAUGGAAAUAUCCUGUUUGGAUGCAUGGUAUUCUGACAAAGAUGGUACCUUAGAGUGCCCGGCAACAUACAUUGUGAAAGGACUUUGUCGUAGGUGCUGUCUCCCAGAAGUCAUUCUUCGUUGCAUGCAAGUUUCUGUUUCUCUUAUGGGAUCGGGAGUCCUGCCUGAUUGUCAUGAUACUUUGAUAGAACUGGUUGGCAGUCCUGAAACCGACUUUCUUCACUUGUUUAGUCAACAGCAAUUACAGGAGUUUUUAUUGUUUGAGAGGGAAUACUCAAUCUGCAAAAUGGAGAUUACAGAGGAGUGAUUAUUGCCCCUUGAGCUGAGCUUGGUUCGGUGUUCUUCUGGAGCUUUAAAUUUUGAAAGGAUGUAAUGCCUUAUAAACGCUAACAUUUUCGUCUUUAUAGUUGUUACUUUGCUUUUAGAAGAAAGAGCAAGGAUGCUUAUUGCACAAAGUGGCCGGAGAGUCUGGUGCAACUGUAUGCUUACGGUGUAACCAUAAUUUCACACAGGUUCAAGACUCGAGCAUUCCCCUAUUCAAAAAAAUAUUGCAGAGUGUAUUGGGAAUUUUUUUUAGCCUUAUUCUCAAAGUAAAAAUACCCUUUGUAUAUAAUUCUGCGUUAUUCUAUUCAGAUUUUUUUUUUUUUUUUU